CAUGACACAGAGGAACCGUGGCUGCAGUGAAAAAUCUGAGUCAGUGGGGUUAGUCCGUAAGCGGCAAAUUGCAGGGCCCUCUCUAGGUAGGGUUGAUGUGUGAGCGAUGCACAUACAGGCGUGUCUUGUCCCCUUAACAUCGCACAGAGUGACAGCUGCCUGUCACAGGAAGUCGUGGUCUGGGACGGAAAUGUCACACAAGUCGCAGUCAAAUUGUCACAAACCGUUAGCAGGGACCCGGUGUACAAUGGCACAAUAACCAUGGCAACCAGCUGCUUCUAAUGAUACUGUACGGAUGGCAGCCGGUGGCCACACCAUGGACAGGGACGAAAAAUCACACCUUGCGGAGGAGGGAGACGGCGAUCUCUGGUAGGGGUUCAGACAUCAUUCCUGUGUACCCCAGGACAGAAACCACAUUGGGCUGUAACAGAACACACAGGGCAAAUUAAUCCUUCCCCUAGUGCAGCCAGCCAGUGUCACUAUACUUUAAUCACUGUCCCUUUAAAUGAGGGCAACAGAGGGGGACACUGUACCUUUAAAAGGGGAUUCAAGGUGAGAUAUGAACCCAUUUAAUGGGGGGGGAGAGCAAUAACAGUGAUAUAGAAAGGGUAGUAGAUACCUGGAAUAGCCUUUCAGUGGGAGCAGUAACAGUGAUAUAGAAAGGGUAGUAGAUACCUGGAAUAGACUCCCAGUGGGAGCAGGAACAGUGAUAUAGAAAGGGUAGUAGAUACCUGGAAUAGCCUUCCAGUGGGAGCAGUAACCGUGAUAUAGAAAGGGUAGUAGAUACCUGGAAUAGCCUUCCAGUGGAAGCAGUAACAGCGAUAUAGAAAGAGUAGUAGAUACCUGGAAUUUGGUGGUAGGUUGGGGUGAAUGCUAUGAUUUCCUCAGACAGGCUGUUGUUGCCAUAAUUCUAGCAGUGAAGCCAUCAUUUGCUUCUCCUGACCCUGGCCUCAGCCAUUGAAACUCCUUUCCUUACACAGGCAGCCGGUGCAGAGAGAGCGUUCACAUACCACCGGUUCCCAGUCAGAGAGCUCUGGAGUAAGUAAAAUGUGUUAUUGUUACAGUGAUGCUGUACGUCACUAACCGGUAGGUGUACCUGUCUGACCAUGCUGUCUGUCACUAACCGGUAGGUGUACCUGUCUGACCAUGCUGUCUGUCACUAACCGGUAGGUGUACCUGUCUGACCAUACUGUCUGUCACUAACCGGUAGGUGCACCUGUCUGAUCAUAUUGUGUCACUAAUCAGUAGAUGUACCUGUCUGACCAUACUGUGUCACUAACCGGUAGGUGCACCUGUCUGACCAUACUGUGUCACUAAUCGGUAGAUGUACCUGUCUGACCAUACUGUGUUACUAAUCGGUAGGUGUAUCUGUCUGACCAUACUGUCUGUCACUAACCGGUAGGUGUACCUGUCUGACCAAACUGUGUGCCACUAACCGGUAGGUGUACCUGUAUGACCAUACUAUGUGUCACUGGCCGGUAGGUGUACCUGUCUGACUAUACUGUGUCACUAAUCGGUAGGUGUACCUGUCUGACCAUACUAUGUGUCACUGGCCGGUAGGUGUACCUGUCUGACUAUACUGUGUCACUAAUCGGUAGGUGUACCUGUCUGACCAAACUGUGUGUCACUGGCCGGUAGGUGUACCUGUCUGACUAUACUGUGUCACUAAUCGGUAGGUGUACCUGUCUGACUAUAUUGUCAUUCACUAACCGGUAGGUGUACCUGUCUGACUAUACUGUGUCACUAAUAGGUAGGUGUACCUGUCUGACCAUACUGUGUUACUAAUCGGUAGGUGUAUCUGUCUGACCAUACUGUCUGUCACUAACCGGUAGGUGUACCUGUCUGACCAAACUGUGUGUCACUAAUCGGUAGGUGUACCUGUCUGACCAAACUGUGUGUCUCUAAUUUGUACCUCUAUUACUUAGCUGAAGAGGAGAAAGCAGCCACAACCUCCCCCAAAUCAGGUCCUAGAGGAGAAGGUGAGUAGCUAUGGUGACUCCAUGUGACUAUCUAAUCGCAGAAUUCAUAUAUUCUGCCUUCUCUGACCCUGGUCCCUCACUCCUGGCACCUCUCUCCUGAUUCUUUCUGACCCAUGGCACCUCUCUCUUGGUUCUCUCUAAGCACAGUCCCAAUCCCCUGGUUCUCUCUGAGCGAACCCCAUUCCCCUGGUUCUCUCUGAGUCCAGCCCUUCUCUGCUGGUUCUCUCUAAACCCAGCACCACUCCCCUGGUUCACUCUGACCCCAACCCCAUUCUCAUGGUUUUCUCAGACCCCAACCCCAUUCCCCUAAUUCUCUUUUAUAUUUUUUUGUUUCUUUUAUAUCCAAAAAGCUAUUACAUAUCAUCAAAAAUACAAAAUUUGACGUCCAAAACAGUCUCAAUGCUCUUAUUAUUCAAGUCAAACAUUAGUCUAUCUACUUUAAAAAUCAAUAGUUUCUGAGGCAUUGACAAACACGAUGGUCUCUAGUCAUUAGUAAAAACAGAGAAAAGCUUCAAAAUACAGAUCUUCAUAAUACAUGCCAUACAUAUAAUCCAUGUUACAGUACACCCAGGUAUAAGAGGGGAUAACACUGCUAAGGACGUUCACCUUCUGAAUGGAGAAGCAGCUAACGAAAGCUCCAAUUAGCCGAACAGGAAACAUACAAAAUAAUCCACAAACUAAAUAGCGGAACAGGAAAUCAUGCAAACAUAAAUCCCCCCAAGAACGAGACAAUGCUCCGUGUUGAGGGUCAAGCAGUGAUCUGUUUAAUUGGGGCUACCUGCCCGGUAUUUAUGCAGGUCUUCCACCAGGUGGACACUCCCCAAGGGGACCUGUUGGAAAACUGUGACAAAUAUAAUGCAGUAGCCAAUGGAAACACUUUGGCUAUAAACACUCCCCUUUUACUGUACAGAACCCUCCUCUCUAUCCUGGAGAUAAUUGGGAAGUAAUCCAAUUAUCUCGAAGGACAGAGGCAAAACUCCAUUUUAGGCAUGACAAUAAAAAUACAUAAAAAUAUAUAACUUGCAAACUACCGAAUGCACUAUACACAUUUAACGUAUCCCCAGAUAGCUUAGAUCUGAGCGCACAUUAUUACUGAAUGGCGCUCAGAUCACAUACAUACAGUUCAAUCGCCAUGGAGCCAGUCUUUCACAUAGUCUUUCGGUAUACGAAUGGGCUCCAUGGCGUAGCUAUCCGGGGUAAGUCCAUUCGUGUAGACAAAGUACCAAAUGGGCCGGUGUUCGUAUGCGGGAUGAUCAGAAGACGGGAGGUCGGUGGCUUCAGCAGUGUUCAUGAGAAAUAGUGUCCAUUUUUAGUUCCAUGAAAUUGUCAAAGAACACCGCUGGGCAUUCGUACGUCCAAGAUGGCCGCUGCCUUGUGGUUGGCAUAUGAACGACGACCACCCAGCCGACAUUCAACAAUUAGGAAGUUAACCACAACAUUCUAAUAAGGCCAAGAAGGUUAACCAGCACCACACUUCCAUGCUGGGUGGCCGGCUGUUUGGCAGUUUAUUCUGGAAAAGGGUAAAUAAACUAAAAGGGCUGUACGGACAGUCAAUUAGACGAACCAAGGAGGAAUAAAAGUAUUUUAAAGACAGAUGGGUCUGUCACAAUUCAUAUUUUAUAUUCUGACAUUUUUAAAGCGAGACCUUAUAAAGGAGAAAGGUGGUGGUGGUGGUGGGGGGAGAAUGUCCUAAGUCAUGAGGGAAUAUAUAUAUGGAUUCAUUCAGGGAAUUCUCAAAAUGUUAUUUUAGAUUGAUAUAUAAAGCCUGAAGUGUUAUACUGUAUGCUUCUUGGAUAUCAUUUUUCCAGGACUCCCUCUCCAUCUUCAAUUGAAAGGAGAUCUGGGUUUUUAAUAUUCCCCACGUUGGAGGCUGACUCUGCUUCCAAAGCUUUACAAUGUUAUUAUAUAUCUGUCUUUCAGAGACAAUUUGGACCAUUCAAGAUGUAUAAAGCUGUUUGGGGAGAGAGAGACGGGAAUACCUGUGAGAUUCUCUAAAAUGUUAUCUGUUAAUUUCCCAAAAUCUUUCAAUUUCUGACAGUUCCACCAGAUAUGAGUGUAAGAACCGUCUGGUCACAGCGCCAGCAGAGAAAGGAAUAUGUAGGGAACAUCUUAUUCAUUUUCUUUGGUACCACAUGCCAUUUGGUUAAUAUCUUAUAUUGUAACUCUAUAAGAUUGAGACAGUGUGGGGCGUGGCUUGACCGCCGAGAGAGAUGGCUGCUUAGGCAGAGAGCUCUGCGCCCUGGACGAUCCGAAACGCCAAGCAAACGACUACUUACCCCUGCUACCACUCCUAUAGUCCUCACACUAUCUGAGGGCAGGAUCAGGCAAUGGCCGUAAACAAAAAAAAACGGUAAAAAGCCGAGGGAAGGUACCCCAUCCGUCGCCGACCUGUUCACAAUGCCAAGCCUGCAGGCGGCUAAAGAUGGCGGCAGCCAUGUGAGUACGGGCUCCCUGAGCAUCAGGGAACACAAUAGCCUACCGCAACAAGCAGCUAAUGCGGAAAUCCUGCAAUCUCUAGCAGAGGAAAAACACUACUUUGCUGUUGAGAUAGAGAGGUCCGCAUGAGAAGUUAAAGCGGAGAUUCAAACAGUGAGCCAACGCACGGAGUCCCUGGAUUGGAGGAUGGAUCAUGUGGUGGUGGUCCACAACGAAGCGGCCACUGCUACCAACAACCUCAUCACAAGGGUGGCAGAAUUAGAGGCAGAAAUAGAAGAUGCCUCCAACAGAUCUCGGAGAAACAACCAGAGGAUAAAAGGCCUGACCGAAAGAAUAAAAGAUACCGAAAUCCAGAAGGUGCUCACAAAUCUAUUCAAGGAGCAAUUGCCUGACAUACCAGAACACCUGUGGACCAUAGACAGGGCACACAGGGCACUCAGAGCGAGAGGCCCCCCGGAUGGACCACCAAGGGACGUAAUCAUGCGGUGGCACUUUUUCUCCACCAAGGAAGCCAUCAUUAACAGCGCACGGCACCAUACUUACACCUUCGAAGGCUCCAAAAUACAUUUAUAUCAAGACAUAGCGCCAGCCACGUUAGCCAGGAGAAGAGAAUGGAAACCCAUUGCCAACCUAGUAAGAGCCAAAGGACUUAAUUUUGCAUGGGGCCACCCCUUCAAAAUGCUAGUGUUAAACGGACCGAGGCCGGCUGUACUCCUACCCACAGCAGAUCCUAGGACCCUCCUACAAGACAUAGGCAUCGAAGUCCCAGGAGACUUUCGACUCCCCCAUAGGGGCACCCAUGCAUUAGGGCAACUGCCUAGAGAGGGAGCAGCACAAGACCGCGUCGCUCCCUGAGGGGCCCAAAAGACCCUCUUCCCUAUGGAAGGUAACUAAACAAUAGACGGAGACGAAAAACCAAGACCCAAACCACAAAGACUAAAUACCAGAAAAAACAAAAAUAAUACCAAAAAACAACAACAAAAGCGAAAAGGAAAAAAAAACACGAAAAACAACAAAAACGACAACACAAAAAUGAGACAAACCUUAAAAACCAGUGACGAUGGACCAAGAGGACAAGAUAGAGAACAAGCCAUGACAUGACACACGAACGAACAAAAAAGAACUAAACGCACAACAACGAACAUUGACUUAAGCACCUAACAUUGGACACCGCUUGUGAAUGAAGGAUGAAAAGGCCUCCAUCCCGUAGCAGAUGCGGAAAGAAAAUGAACGGGGACCACCACAAGCACAGCCAGACACGCAAGUGUAUACCCCCCCCCCAUGAUGUACAAUAGCGCAAACCCUGACUUAGGGGCGAGAAGAGUAGCCAGGUCCGCCAACAACUAACGGGACUCCACAAAAGGGUAAAAGUAGACUUAUACCUCCGACGUAGGGGCCUGAGACUUAGCAAACCCAGCUAUCUACUGGUUCCUCCCCUCCCCUCGCCAACCCUUUCCUGGCACCCAUUUAGCAACCCACUACAUUCCUCCCCUUUAGCCCCCCCCCCCAACACCUUCCCCCCACGCAGAGAAAAAGGCCUGAGACCCAUACGUGCACUCAACAGACUCCCUUAACCCCUAGAGGAACCACUGGGGAACCACAUCUGCGCUUCCAACUUGGGUCCCUACCACCCCAUCCCCCACUACCCAAGCGAAGUCACCCCCCUCUGCACAACUACACCUUGGAUGGGCGAGCGGCGGACCGGGCCUGACACUGACGUAAACGGGACCGUCGAGACUCGAAACAAAACAUGGCCACAGUUAAAAUCACCUCCCUGAACGUCAACGGCCUUAACACACCGAACAAAAGACGAUUGUUAAUGAGGGAAUUAAAAAGACAAAAGACAGACAUAGCCUUCGUACAAGAAUCACACAUACUGCGCUCAGCCCGGAUUCAGCUAACUGAUCAUUUGUACACCAGGUCAUACUCUUCCAGGGCUCUUGCAAAGAAAAAUGGAGUAGAAAUACUCCUGCACAAAAAAUGCCCGUUUGUCACCCAUACCGCGCUGACUGUUACCAUUGGCAGGUAUGUCAUCCUCACAGGGACCAUAUACAAUACCACAUACCACCUGAUCAACAUUUAUGCACCCAACCAACCAGACCCAGAUUUUUGGGAGCAGUUACACAACUUAAUACUCACACUGCCACACGGAAUUAGAGUGCUGCGGGGAGACCUUAAUUCGACGCCCUGCCCAACGGUCGACCAUAGUAAGCCCACGGGAGACCAGAGGGAUCAGCGGGUGGGGGGACAAGACAAGCUGCUAGCCCAGUUCAUACAAAAAACGAAAUUGUUAGACCCCUGGAGACUGCGACACCCAGGACAAAGGGACUACACAUUCUUCUCAGCGGCACACUCAACAUACUCCCGCAUAGACAUGUUUCUGGUCAACCAGGGAGGGAUCCCAUGGAUCCAAUCUGCAUGAAUAAACCUUAUUACGUGGUCGGACCACGCCGAUAUAGAGCUCACACUAAGACUCCCGGGACCCAAACCACCAUGGAAAUGGAGGUUAAACAGCACACUCGUAAAAGACCCUGAGGUGACGAAACUUAUCCAGGGCGAACUGAUGGCCUAUUUCAAUACAAAUGAUACGCCGGAUUUAACACAAUCCACGAUCUGGGCUGCUCACAAGGUGGUCAUUAGGGGCACCCUCAUCAAAUUAGCGACCCGAAGGAAAAAACAAAGAGCUGAAGCCCUCUUCGAGCUCCAAAAAGCGCUGAGGAGGGCUGAAGCCAGACAUAAACCUCUACGACACAGGGACUCCAGGACCUUAGAGAACUCCGUCACAAAAUAAGGGCCACAGCGGUGGAAGAUCUAGGGCGAGACCUAGUCCGUAAAAAAACGCCUCUACUACGAACGCUCUAAUAAGAUGGACACCCUCUUAGCCAGAGCACUAAACCCCAAACUGCAAUUCAAAGCCAUAACGGUGAUACGAGACAAAAGAGGGCAGGUGAUCCAUAACCCUAUGGAGAUCAACCAGAUUCAACGUAUUGUGAAAGAGGCUCCAGAGUAAGAAUAUAUAGCAUAGGAGAGAGGGGGCAGCCCUGCCUAGUCCCAUUUUGAACCUUAAACCAAUAAGAAGUAAUACCCGAACCUAUUAUCCUAGCUGAGGGAUUGGUAUAGAGAGCAAAGAUUGCCUGUAAGAUCCAGCCUUUGAAACCCCUGUUUAAUGUUUGGAACAUAAAGUUCCAACUAACUUGGUAGAAAGCUUUAUUUUUAUCAAGUGAAAGUAAGAUAGUCUGUUCAGUCCUUCUAUUAGAUGGGUCAAUCAGAUCUGCUACUCUACAGAUAUUGUCAGAAGGAUAUCUCCCAUUUACAGAGCCCUUUUGCUCAGGAUAGAUUAGGAAUGGGAUUAUAGAUUUCAAUCUGUCAGCUAUUAUAGCUGAAUAUAUUUUUAUAUCACCAUUGAUGAGUGAGAUAGGACGAUAGUUUUUAAUCUGAGAAGAAUCUUUGUUGUUUUUCAGUAUGGGUAUUAUAUUUUCCUGAAGUAAUUCAGCUGAUAUUUAGCUUCUGCCUGAAAAGAAAUAAAAUAAUUUGCAAGGUCUUUACAUAAAUCAACUUUCAUCAUUUUAUAAAAUAUUCCAGAGAAUCCACCUGGACCUGGGGCUUUAUUUUUUUUAAAUUUGAUCUCUCCCUAAUCCCACAUAUUAUUCUUCCGUUAUUGGUUGGUUUAAGUCCCUGAUUUGGUCCUCUGUAAGUGCUGGUAGACCACAUUUCUCUAAGUACUCUUGGAUCUCUAGAUUUGUUUUAAGAGUUUUUAAAUUGUACAUAUUCUGAUAAAAAGAUCCAAAGGCUUCGCCGAUUUCCGGGGGGUAAUCGAUACUUUUCCCUUUAUUUGAUAUUUUGUAAAUUCUUUGAGUGGCAGUACGUUUUUUAAGCUUAGCCGUCAGAAUGUUAUCUCCCUUAUUUCCUUUAGAGUAGUAGGUCUGCUUUUUUUAAGCUGGCCUUUACGUUGUCUAAUAGUCUUUGAUUUAUUUCUUCUCUGAGGUUACUAAUACGGAGAGCUGAUAUUUCACAGGGGUUUUCGUUAUUUAUCUCAUUCUCUUUUGAAAGGGCUAUAUACAUAGUUACAUAGUUACAUAGCUGAAAAGAGACUGGCGUCCAUCAUCAGCCUUCCGCACAUUUGGUUUUUGCUGUUGAUCCAAAAGAAGGCAAAAUAAACAGUUUGAAGCACUUCCAAUUUUGCAACAAGCUAGGAAACAAAAUCCUUCUUGACCCCAGAAUGGCAGUCAGAUUUAUCCUUGGAUCAAGCAGUUAUUACCCUACAUUGAAAGAUUAUAUCCUUGAAUAUUCUGUUUUUGCAAGUAUGCAUCUAGUAGCUGUUUGAACAUCUGUAUGGACUCUGAUAAAACCACUUCUUCAGACAGAGAAUUCCACAUCCUGAUUGUUCUUACAGUACUUUAGACAAAAUCUUCUUUCUUCCAGUCUAAACGCAUGGUCUUGUGUCCUAUGUAAAGUCCGGUUUGUGAAUAGAUUUCCACAAAAUGGUUUGUAUUGGCCCCGAAUAUAUUUGUAUAAUGUUAUCAUAUCCCCUCUCAGGUAACGUUUUUCUAAACUAAAUAGGUUUUAAUUUUUUUAACCUUUCUUCAUAGCUGAUAUGUUCUAUUCAUUUUAUUAAUUUUGUAGCCCGUCUCCGCACUUUUUCUAGUGCCUUAAUAUCCUUCUUUAGAACAGGUGCCCAAAACUGCACAGCAUAUUCAAUAUAUGGUCUUACCAGUGAUUUAUAAAGAGGCACAAUUAUAUUCUCGUUUCGAAAAUGAAUGCCCUUUUUCAUGCAUGACAAUACCUUACUGGCCUUGGCCACUGCUGAUUGACAUUGCACAUUGUUGCAUAGUUUGUUGUCUACAACAAUUCCCAAGUCCUUACGUGUGUUGUUCUCCCUAAUUCGCUUCCAUUAAGGGUAUACGUUGCUUGUGUAUUCUUUAUGCCGAAGUGCAUAACUUUGCAUUUUUUCAACAUUAAAUUUCAUCUGCCAUUUGAGUGCCCAGUCCCCCAAUCUAUCUAAAAUACAGAUCUGCUAUAGUUAAACCUUUUUCUUGUUUAGCUCUAGUUCCCAUUUGGAUCAGAUGACCCCUUACAACACAUUUAUAUGUACACCAUAUUUUUUCAGGCAAGAUGUCUGGGGUUAUAUUUUCAUCAAAAAAGAGUUUUGUUAUUUCUUUCAUAUAAUUACAAUUAUCAUCCGAAUCUAAAAGAUUCUCAUUAAACCUCCACAAUGUACGGGGCCUCAUCUCCACCUGAUACUUUAUAUCCCAGAAGAUAGAGUUGUGAUCUGACCAUGUUAUUUCAAUAAGACCGAUCUUAUUUAUCUUUUGUAAGAGUAUAGAUUCACACAGAACCAGAUCUAUACGGGAAUAUGAGUUAUGUACCCUUGACCAAUGAGUGAAAUCUCUUUUAUCUGGAUGGAAGAUGUGCCAUACAUCGUGGAGGCCGUUUCUCUUGAUAAAUCUAUUGAGACUUUGUGCUUGUUUGACUACCUCUUGAGAUAUAACAGAACCCCUUGGUAACAGUCUUCAUUAGUAAAGACUUCAUUAGUAGUGAUUUGGUUCUAUAUAAUGAGAAGGCUAUAAUUACAUCUCUGGGAAGAGAUUCCGAUACUGAUAUUGGUUUAUGUAAUCUAUGGAAUCUUUCCAUUGUUAAGUGAGAGGAUUCAGUUGUAAUUCCCAGGGUUUCAAAGAAUUCAAGCAGGCAUUGCUCUAAUUUAUCUGUGGUGAUGGUUUCAGAUAUAUUUCUAAUUCUUACAUUAUUCCUUCGGGACCUGUCUUCUAGGUCUACUAUCUUGUUCUGCAUUGAUUCUACCUUUGAUUUAAGUUGUUUUAGUUUGUCUCUGGUUUUGUAUGAGGAAGCCUGUAUAGAUUCUAGGACUUAUCAGAUCCCAUUGGGUUUCUAAGGAAGAUUUUAAUAGAUCUGGGGUAAUUGUUGUUUGUUCUGGGUCAGUGGAUAAAUCCACGUGUGUCUUCCCAGAUGAUAGUCUAUCCUUUGGAGCUAACAGAGAGCUUAUUAAGAUUUUUUUAUGUAUCUUUUUGAGAAUUGGGUGAAAAUAACCUGAUAGAUUUUUCUCUUUUCUACUAUUCUGUUCCCUUUCCAUUUUUUCUCUAUCUUUCCUUGUUAGAGUUUUAGUUUUAUCUUUGCUGGCCAUACUCUGGUAUGUAGUUAGAUUGGCAAUCAAAGUAAAGGAGAAAGGAUAAAAAAAUAAAUAAGAACAUUUUGCGCUUUUGUACAAAUGUCCAAGUGCCUAGUUGAUUUCCCAUAUGGUUCAUAAGCUACCCAAAAUACUCAUUUAUAUAUAUACUCUAUGGACUAACAAAAUGAAUCUCAAAAAGCCAUAGGUACUUCCUUAAAAAGAGAAACACCCCACAUAUAUUGCUAUGUUUGUUUCUUCUUGUUCAUAUCGACAGAUUUUGGUUCUUUUUUGCAGAAUUCUUCCUACUCCCAAAUUUUUGUGUUGCUUCAAGACCUUCAGAGAAUGUUGGAUAACUAACCAAAAAAUGCCUGUUGUAGGACCUGUUUCUUUUUUUUUUUUUAUAAAUUCUUUAUUUUGUGGUGCAAACAAUUGACACAGACUCUUGCGUUGCCCCAACAGCAAGUACAAGAUAAGCAAAUACAUAAAUGAACAAAUAGAGGGCAUGGUGGAUCACUGCACACAUUUUUCUUUUUUAGUAGUAGCUAGGUCACGUGGUUUUCAAACAUGUCUAGGGUGUGUAGCAAAACUUAAGACGUGGUUGAUGUGGGUUGUAUAUACAUGAGUGGUAUGCGGGUGCGUGGCUUAAAACUUGCUGGUGUGACUUGCGCGUUUACAAUAAACAAUUAAUAAACAAGUAGGUUGUUCGGCUAGCUGGUAUGUCGUUAUGAGAUUAGUGAGUAACAAACUAUCUGAGCUGCGGCCUAUUAGGUGCUGUACAUGCUAGUUAUCAAGAUGCAAGGAGAAAAAACCAAUAUCAAACACAUUUAAGAUAGGGACAGGCUGAUAAAGGAGUUAAGUGUGAGCGGACUUGGCAUUCGGGCUGGGUACAAAUCUUGCCGUUAUUGUUACGAGGGACCUAUGAGCUUGCUAUAUUCAGUAAUGACUUAGAGCCUAUGGAAUCAGAUUCUAAAAGAAAAUAAGACAAAAAACCCUGAGAUAGGAAUCCCUAGAACGUGGCUGCCCUGUGUAAAGCAAGGUCCUUGCUAGACAUGUCAGGCAAUGAAGUGAUUUAUGCAUUAUAUAUGGAAUUGUGCUGUAAAGAAGGCAACUGCCGAAAUAAGCAAAGAGAAAUAAAAAAAAAAAACGAAUGCAAGUGGGCCUUGCUGUUGGGAGUCCACCCUGGGGUGCGUAGCCGAUGUCGGUUAAUGGCAGGCCUGCCACUCUGCUGCCCAAACAUUUUUCCCCUGGCUGGUAAUUAGUUGUGUAGUCGCGUGUAUGAGUGUGCACCAGUGCAGUGUAGUCUUGUAGUUAGUGAGUGUGUGUGGGAGGUGCGGUCAUUGGGAGUGUCUGGUGUAUGAUGAGAUUGGGGCGCUAAGGUCGAGUCUUUCUAGCCAGGUGUAUGUUAGUAAAUCCUACAUGGCAUAUCACAUUAGAGGUCGACAUCAAUAAGAUAAAGUCAAUCAUAUUAAAUUAAAGUAGUCAAAUUAAGGUGGGAACAAAGAGUAGGUAACAACAGUAGCUAAGUAGCAAUAGGGUUAAUAGUGAUUAGGCAUAUUAUCAGCAUUUGUAAGCGUUAAACACAGUUCGAACCGUUAUGAAUAGGUUUUGCAUUGACUGUCCUGACCGCGUCUGGGUGACACUUGGAGAACGAUUUGCAACAUGUGUGGUGCCCUUGUUCGUGUCGUCUUGUCAGGUGUCCCGUGCAACUGCCCGUCGCAGUUCAUGUGGUAACGGCAACGUAUUGGUCGGGUGUGAGGCCUUGUGGUAUGAAUGGGACAAUUCUGGUCGGGUCCCAUCUGUGCUGCGGAGAUACUGGGUUCUGGCUCCUCUGGCCUUUUGGGUUGAGGGAGUCCAUAGGAGGAGCGGUGCCGCAUCACACAAGUCCCGUACCUGAUGCGAGUCUGUACCCUGCUGGACUGUCAGGGUGUGGGAUGGUCGCCAGCGGUACCUGAGGCCCUUUUGGCGGAGAAGUAUGGUAAGUGGCUGGAGGGUUCGUCUCCAUGCCAAAGUGCUGUUGGAGAGGUCGGCGUAGAAACUCAGUGCCCUGUUAUCAAAUUGUAGGGGUGUCCUGCCCCGCAGAGCGUCCAGUACUGCCGUUUUGUCAAUUCCGUUCCGGAAAGCAACUAUGGCGUCCCUGGUGGUCCCAGUAGGUGCCUUUGGGGAUUUGGGGAUCCUGAAAAGGUAGUCAGGGUGUAUGUGAUCUGCCUGUGUGGGUGGCAGUAUUGUCGCGAGCAGGCGUUUGAUGACCUGUGGUAGUUCUGCAUCUGUUAUUUCCUCCGGGAGUCCCCUAAUUUUCAGGUUGUUACGCCGUCUGGUGUCUUCGUGCUCGGCCAUGCGGUAUUCGUGGGAACGUUGUUGUAUCUUCAGAUCCUGCACAGUACGUUUGAGUUCCUCUAUGUCCCCGGUAUUUGUUUCGGUACGGUUCUACAUUGUAUUUAGGCGGGUGGUCACCCCCUUUAGAUCUCCCCUCAGUGCAGUGAUGUCCUUGUGGAUUUCGUCAUGGUGAUCCGCUAAUAAUUGCUUAAGGAUCGCCACUGUCACUGGUGUGGAAUCCGGUGUGGUGUUGGUCGGUGGUGAGGGCUUUUCCGCCGCGUGGACUGGUAAGUAUUCCUCUCCUGAGAGGUCAUCGGAGAAGUCCGAGCAUCCCCCAUGGAGUGCAGCCAUGUUGGCUUCGUUUGCGCCUCGGGCCUGCCUCCACAUGUCUCCUAUGGUGAGUCCCGGGUUGUUUUUCCCCGGGUUUGUUUUUUUCGUUUUGCGUCCCAUUUCGUUAGGGUGUAUGCCGGGGGUUUCUGCCGUGUUUUAGGCGUAGUUAGUAUGGGUAUUUUUCGGGUUUUUCUCGUUUGUGCCUCGGAGCUCCGGAGUAUUGCGGCCGCUCGUCUCGGCUGUCAAGCUCCGCCCCCCGUUUCUUUUGUAUAAUGCUGGAUUUCAUCCAAUUUAUCUGCUUCCCUGUAUUUGCUGAUUUGUAUCUUAUUAUUGUGACGAGAGCAACUUCGCCACGUUGCAUUGGAGAAGCCUGGUUGCUCGCCUGUUACCUUUGGAUUAUGGCCCCAUGUUACAAGACCCCAUUUUCUCUGCAGAAAAGACUUAUUCGUGAUUUUCUGCCCGGUGUUCGGUAGAUUCAAUCUACCGAAUGACUGGACCACCUGGGAGCUGGAGUGUGCCGGCAAUUAGCCUCCCAGAAGCUGCGGUUAACCGCAGCUUAAUUGACGAAUACUGUGUGGCCGCCAUUCGUAUUACGAACACGGGGUCGCGGCCAUUUUAAACACGCAAACGCACAGCGGUGUUCGAUGCCUAACUCAUGGAACUAAAAACGGACACAGUUUGGCGCGAACACCGCUGAAGCCGCCGACCUCCCUUCUUGUUCGGCGGGAGUGCACGAACGGCCGGUGUUCGGUAGUUUUACCUGACUGUAUUAUACCCCAGAUAGGAAUCCCAUUGAGCUCAUUCGUAUGAGAACUGACUUUGUAAAGACUUUGGCUCCAUGGUGAUUGAACUGUAUUUGUGUGGUCUGAGCGCCAUUCACUUAAUAAUGUGCGCUCAGACCUGAGCUAUCUGGGGACAUGUUAAAUGUAUAGUUUUAUUGUAAUGUGUGUCACAUAUUGUAUUUUAACAGUAAUUCAUGUUUUAAUAUCCCCACGUCCAUAAUGGCGAUUUGCCUUUGUCCUGGGAGAUAAUUGAAUUACUUCUCAAUUAUCUCCAGGGCAGAGGGGAGGAAGCCAGGAUGCAUUGUGGGAAUACAAUGUGACUGUGUGUCCUAUUUGGGGAGUGUCCACCAGGUGGGAGACCUGCAUAAAUACUGGACAGGUAGCCCUCAUUAAACAGAUCACUGUUUGACCUUCAACACGGAGCUUUGUCUCGUUCUUGGGGGGAUUUAUUGUAUGUUGUUCCAGUUUGACUGUCAGGAAUGUAAACCUAUUCAUAUGGUUUUUCCUAUUCGGCUGUUUACAGCAUUCAUAUGGUUUCCUGUUCGGCGGAUUGGUGUUCUGCAGUAGCUGUGCCUGUGCAUCUGAAAAGGGGAAUAUCGCCUAAACGGUUUUAACCCCUGGUGUACAAAACGGUCCGUUACAAUUAUUAACUAUUAUUAAUAGUAAAAACAAAAAAAGUCAUAGAAAUCACAGAGUGAUAUAUAUGAGAAACAGAUUUAGACCUCUCUGUAGGUAUUCCAUAUGGUCUUCAAUAUAGGAGCUUCUCCUCACUUCAAAUAUCGAAAGGAGACAAUUCUUUAUCCUGUCCUCAGGCUGAAGCUGCAUCAAAAUCUUUUGUGUAGGGAUAUCUGACUGGUUUAGGAGCCUCCUCUAUUCGAAGGCCCACUCCAGGACGUACCCACUUUUCCACGUGUCGCAAACCCAGAGACAGCGGGCCAAACUGUUAUUUUACCUUGGGUGGUAGUAGACGGACUCACAGGAACUGCAGUAAAGCAUAGGCCGGGCUAGAAGAUGAGGUAAGGACAAAGCUUGUGGCGGAGGUUUUCUUUAUCGGCGUUUCAUCAAUCGGCUACUUCCACAGAACGGCUACAAGAAGCAGCUUGUUUCUUCCCUCAGAUACCAGAAACAUGGAGCGCUUUUCCCCAUGAGACUUCCCUGCUUUGGAACACGCUUCUACGUGUAUGCGUGCGUGUUCACGUCAUCCCCCCAAAACUACCAUUUUACAUAAUCGUGCAACCCUAGUUCUUUGAACACGGCCCCUCUCCCCUGGUUCUCUCUGACUCCAACCCCACUCCCCUGGCUCUCUCUAACCCCAGCACCACUCCCGUGGGUCUCUCUGACCCUAACCCCAUUCCCCUGGUUCUCUCUGACCCAAGCACCACUUCCCUGGUUCUUUCUGAACCUGGACACUCUCCCCUUGUACUCUCUGACCCCAAUCCCACUCCCCUGGUUCUCUCUGACCCCGGUCGCUCUCCCCUGGUUCUUUCUAACCCCGGCACCACUCCCUUAGUUCUCUCUUUCCCCGGAUCCACUCCACUGGUUCUCAUUGACCCUGGCAUCACUUCCCUGGUUCUCGCUGACCCUGCCACCACUUUCCUGGUUCUCUCUGACUCCGGAGGCUCUCUCCUGGUGCUCUAUGACCCCGGAUGCUCUCCCCUGGUUCUCUCUGACUUGGACGCUCUCCCCUGGUUUUCUCUGAUCCUGGACGCUCGCCCCUGGUUCUCUCUGUCCUCUAAUGCUCGCCCCGGGUUCUCUCUGUCCUCUGACGCUCGCCCUUGGUUCUCUCUAUCCUCGGACGCUAUCCCCUGGUUCUCUCUGACCCCAGCGCCUCUCCCCUUGUCCUCUCUCUCCCUGGACACUCUCCCCUGGUUCUCUCUGAGCCUGGACACUCUCCCCUGGUGCUCUAUGACCCCGGACGCUCUCCCCUGGUUCUCUCUGACCCCGGACGCUCUCCCCUGGUUCUCUCUGACCCAGAGACAUUGAUGUAUAGCUGAUAUACCCUGUCACAGUCCUCCCCUGGUGCUCUAUGACCCCGGAUGCUCUCCCCUGGUUCUCUCUGACCCCGGACGCUCUCCCCUGGUUCUCUCUGACCCCGGACGCUCUCCCCUGGUUCUCUCUGACCCGAGACGCUCUCCCCUGGUGCUAUCUGACCCUGGACACUCUCCCCUGGUUCUCUCUGACCCUGGACGCUCUCCCCUGGUUCUCUCUGACCCCAGACGCUCUCCCCUGGUUUUCUGACUCCAGGCCCCUCUCCCCUGGUUCUCUCUGACCCAGAGACAUUGAUGAGUUCUCCAUGUAUAGCUGAUAUAGCCCAGGCAGACCCUGUCACAGUCCUCAGUCAGAAAGUGAUGACACUGAUUUGUCUGUUUACUCACACAGGAGCCCAGCACCAAGAGGAUUAAACCGGUCACCAAAGGGUUGUCAGCAGCUAGCAGUUCCCCACAGCCCAAAGUCACUCCUCUCAAGAAACUCGGCCUCUCAAUCCAGGUAAUGGCAAAUAGAAUGGAAAGAGCAAUUCAUUCUAAUGGCUGGUUAUGGGGCAGUUAGUGUGUGAAUGGCUGUGGAUGGGGCAGUUAAUGUGUGAAUGGUUGGGGAUGGGGAAGUUAGAUACUGUCGGUUAUUUAGUUAAUUCUGAGAUGGAACUGGAAUAGAACUCUGGGGUGGAAGUAGAAGAGCGGAUCUGAGCUCUGGGAUAGGAGUGGAAGAGAGGAAUGGAGCUCUGGGAUGGAAGUGAAAUAGCGGAAUGGAGCUCUGGGAUGGGAGUAGAAUAGAGGAAUGGGGCUCUGGGAUUGGAGUAGAAUAAAGGAAUGGGGCUCUGGGAUAGGAGUGGAAUAGAGGAAUGGGGCUCUGGGAUAGAAGUGAUUGAGGCUCCUAGUUGGAGCUAUGUUCAUUAUGCAGGCCCUAAUUGUGGCUAUUUUUGUGUAGCGUUCUAUUGGCUCCAAGAAUGACAGUCGCCUAUUCAACUUCUCUCCACGGACACGGAGCUGGGAUCCAGGAACCGGACCAAAGAAACGAAGCAGCAAGCUGUGGAGUGAGACUUUCAGCAAUGCCAGGGAAGAACUGUCUUCACGAGAGAUCAAAAGGCAGGAGGUGAGUCAAUGGACCAGAUAGGGGACAAUCCACUCAAUGUUCGUCCUUAUACAGAGACAAAGUAUACACCAGGAAUUGCAGUGAAUUGAACAUUGCAAGUUUUGUAACUAAGUAGCUGAUAUGAGGAUAUUUUCAAUUUGCCCAGGUUUGUAGUUUGCGGUAUGUUGGUUAGAUAUAAUGUGUGUAGGUUGGGGUAUAUUGGGGUGGGUAUAAGCGUAACAGAGCUCCCUGUACCCCGGCUCGGUACCUUCGCUUCCUAGCUGGAACAGUAGACAAACCUCAGCAAUCCUGCCCCCAGUCGCCAUGACUUGACUGGGGUCCUGGAACCACUCGGUCCUAGAGCCGAAUGGGGAAACUCGCUCUAUCCACUCUCAGGCACUAGACGACACUCAGUCCUGGGAGCUCUAGUCCUUACAAGGACUUUCCCCGUUGAAUCCUCCACACUGGAACAAGCUGGAGUAGUGAUUAGCCCUUUCCCCUCCCAGUAACCAGACGACACAUAGUUCUGGGAGUAGAAGCUGGAAUGCUUUAGUCUGGCCAGAUGGCCUGCUUUUAUACAUUUAUGGACACAGUCAAACACACCCACGAUACUCCCACGCAAAACAGGAUAAUCCCUCCCCUGUACCUGGGAGAUAAUUGAGUCAGGAACUGUACAAACUCAAUUAUCUCCAGUUACAGAAAAAACACACAAUUUAUAAAACCCCACCAAUGUUACAUCCCCUGAUAGACCCGAUCUGGGUGACCAACAUAUCCAAAAAUCACCCAGAUCGGUUCAGGGGUUCGAGAUUUACAUUGAAGUAAGUUAUUUGACCGACCGCGCAAAUGGUCCUAUACCCAAAACUGUUUCAUGAAAUCAGUGCUAGCGGUUGGUCAACUUCGGUGACAUAAAAAUGAAUAAAUUACCGAACAUAGUCUAUGUUUGAACCGUGGAGCUUGUUCCCCUCAUCCAGACGAACUAUUCCACCAAACAGUGUUCUUCUAGGAUCUACAAACCGAACGCAGGCGACGAUAGAAGUCCAGCAGUGUUCGGGAGUAUCCAUGUCCGAUUUUAGUUCCAUGAACUUGACAACCAAACACCGCUGCCUGCGUUCAUGUGAACAAGAUGGCUGCCACCUCGUAGUCGUUCAUACGAAUUGCGGCCAUCCAGACGAACAAUUAGAACACUAAGGUGAGAACCAUUCCAAGGUGUUAAUAGGGGCUAACAAGCUCCUGGGUGGUCCCUGGUUCGUGCAGUUGUUCGGUUCCCGAACGGUAUAGGGAAAUUACACGAACCAAGCCAUUUAAACAGUCUUUUGCAGGUUUCCUUGUAGGGCCCACAGUCUGUGAGCAGGAGGCUGGCAAGCAGGCUCCUCCAGGAGCUCACGGCAAACACACGUAGGAAGGUGAAUUUGUCAAAGUAAGGUUCAUAGAUUGGGGUAUAAGGGUGGGUGGGUAUAAGGUAUGAAGUUUGGGGUAUUGGGGUGGGUAUACGGUUUGUGGUUUGGGUAUAUUGGGGUAGGUAGAAGGUAUGUAGUUUGAGGUAUAUUGCGUGGGUAUAAGGUUUGUAUUUUUGGGUAUAUUGGGGUGGAUAUAAGGUUUGUAGUUUGGGAUAAAUUGGGUGGCUAUAAGCUUUGCAGUUAGGGCAAGUAUAUUUCCCAAACUCUGCAACCUCACUCUACAACUCAGCUCUCUCCUCUCAACUCGACAUCAAGGCAUCUCCUACAAUUAAGGGGGCGCUUGCUGCUUUUAUUACAACCCUGGCAUACCAAACUGACCCGUUAACUCCAGAAAUGUUCCAGAACUGCUGACCGCUGCUGGUAAAGUCUCACAUUGCAUCUGACUUCCUCCACUAUUUACAAUGCUUUCCUAUGGACGCUGGCGUCUUCUCACCAUGAUUUUCACAGUGAGAAGCACGCAAACGCCUCUAGCAGCUGUCAAUGAGACAGCCACUAGAGGCUUUAGAGGCUGGAUUAACCCAUUUAUAAACAUAGCAGUUUCUCUGAAACUGCUAUGUUUAUAAAAAAAAAAAAAGGGUUAAUCAUAGAGGGACCUGGCACCCAGACCACUUCAUUAAGCUGAAGUGGUCUGGGUGCCUAGAGUGGUCCUUUAACACUCCCGUGUCUGUCUCCCUCCAAGUCAACGGCGCUACCAUCACCUCUGUAAGAAAUUAUGACCCUCUUACAAGGAUAUUCUUUUAGGGAAUGUGUGACAAAUAAGACACAAACACAAGUGUAUAAUAAAAUGUAUUGUUAAUAUUAAUUUAGGAUACUGUUACAGAUUUUAGAAGGAUAUACACAUUACACAUUAUAACCAUAUCCAGUACAUAAUCAAAAGCUACAUAAUAAAAGGGCAAUACUUAAUCAUUUAAAUGAAGAUCUUCCCCUUGCGCCUUCAUCUUUGGUAGUCUGGGACAGUAUCCUGUGCUUGCUGCGCUGUCCUCUCCAAAAGAGACAAAAAGAGAAACAGCCAAGGAGCCCAACCUCCUUGGCUGUUGUUCUUUUAAAGACAGAUUCUUGCAGUCAUUAACUACAAGUCCCAGAAUGCCUUUUCCCUCCCAAAAGUGGUUUAUCCAGUCCCCCUUUUCCAGAGUUCUGUCUUUAAACACUUCUUUCCCUUUGAUCUCUUCCCUCCAGCUAUACUGUAACAUUGUGUAAGAUGUGACUAUGACAAACUGCCUUUUGUCACUGACUUUUUAUGUGACCACCUGCCCUUUGCCCCUGGCUUUUGGAGGAGCCUGAUUGCCAGCCUCCUGCCUUAUGACUAUGGCCCUUUAAAAACAUUAUUUGGGCAUAUUGGAUUGUAACACACUUUUUUUGCCCCUUUAAUUCCAUGAGAACAUGUGCCUCUUCCCCUCCCCCUUUUUCCUGUCUAUUGUUUCUCCAGCAGGGCAUUGUCCCAGGGACACUGCCAGACCAGUUUAAACUGGCUGCUUUGUCCCUCCUUAAUCUCUCAUCCGCCCUUGCUAAACUGUAACCCCAUGGCGAUUUUAUUCUGUUCAUGGGAUCUGAGCGCUGUUCGGAUAUAUUGUGCGCUCAGAUCCAAGCUAUCUGGGGAUAGGUUGAAUGUGGGGGUUCUGUUCAGUAUAAUAGGAAUGAUGUAUUUUUAUGUAUUUGUGGCGGAACCAACCUCGCCACUGGAGGAGCCUGGUCGCCCGCCUCCUGCCGCUGGACUAUGGCCCCAUGUUUAACACUGUUCUUUUUCCCUGUAGAAAGGCUGGUUCGUGCCUUUCUGCAGACUGUUAAAGUCACGAACACCGCUGAGCCGCCGACCUUCUCCUACCUGCAGUCAAUUAUCCGAACACCGGUCCAUUCGGUACUUUACUGUUUAAACCAUGCUACCCCAGGUAGCUAUGCCAUGGAGCCCAGCCGUAUACUGAAAGACUGUAUGAAAGACUUUGGCUCCAUGGCGAUUGAACUUUAUGUAUGUGAUCUGAGCUAUCUCGGGAUAGGUAGAAUGUGUAUGUUCUAUGUGAUAAAUGUAACAGUAUGUAAUUUUAUGUGUUUUAUUGUCCUUUGUCUGCAUUGUGGUUAAUGGAGUUUUGCCUCUGUCCUUGGAGAUAAUUGGAUUACUUCCCAAUUAUCUCCAGGAUAAAAUACUGGGAGAUACUCCCUGUACCUGGAGAUAAUUAAGUUACCACAUCCACUUAAGCCAAUUAUCUCCAUGAUAGAGGAGAAGAUAGACCGGCUGCACAGCCUAAAUCAGUGGAACUGUUUUGGGCAGGCAAGCUAUGCUUGCAGUCGGUCAAAUCGUACAUCCACCUAACGUUUGAACCACUGGACCAAUAGUAUGAUUUUGACAUAUGUUUGUAUACUGCUUAUGCUGGUUCAGAAUAUGUGACUUUUAUGUGAAUUGUAUGUAUAGUUUGGAAGUUAUGCAUAUUGUAUAAAACUGUAUAUUUUACACGGCCCUUAUGGACUCAAGCCUCGAGUGGACAUUGGUUGGCUGUCCACUAGUUGUGCCCACCCGGGUAUGCAAAACCUCCAACCUUCCAAAGGACUAAGGGCUUCCUCUGGUUGGCCGAAAUGCUGUAGGCUCCAACACAAUGUUCAUGCUAACUUUGUUUUUUCUGUUUAGUUUUCCCUUUCUCUAGAUCCCCAAUGCAUGCCUUUUAAAUAAGGCACUGCCUACCUUUUCUGUGGGCACUUUACUUAUAGGCGAAACAUACACGAGUGUUCUGAUUAGAGUAUACAUACUUUACUUACUUGUGUACAGCACUUAUCCUAAGGAGAAAAAGAAGGGUAUGUGUGCCGGCUAAACGAGUAUUCACUGUGUACCUAGAUUGAGGAUGUUACUAGCCAGGGUUUUUGCUAUCCAUAUCACGUGUGUAACUCACUAUCUAAUUAACUUGUCUAACCGUAGCCACCACUGUCUAACAAUUCAUAAACCUGCUAUCACUUGCUUGAAUAAUAUAACGGACAGCCAUGAGAAAGCUACUACAUGACUCGAAUGUCUUCAACCUCCCCUAAAAUUUAAGCCCAGAUAGUAUCUUAUAUAAGUGUUAACUACACUACUUGUCUCACUUUAUACUCAAAGAAAUCAACAAUAAUCGCAGCGCUAAAGCUUUACCCAGCUUUACCGAUACGGUUCAAAGCUUAAAUGUGUCCUAGUGUUACUAGGAUAAUGCUGGUUAAAAAUGCUGAACGACACCCCAGACCAGACCAGACCACAAUGUCAAGCAGACCCCAGAGCACAUCCAAAGUAGAGAUGACAAACAGUGUCACAGGUAAACAAACCACAAUCCCACAAUACUCUAGACACACAUAGCACCUCAGGAACAAACCAAACAGACCACACAUCUUAGCACCGUUAGAGGCAGCCCACCAGUCAUGGCGGGAGGCACUCGACCUGGGCAAAAACACUUGGCCCAACACUCCCCACCUUUCAACUAUAACCCGAGGACGGGCACACACAUAGACCAUGGAUAGAGCUAUAGCCUACCCAAACGUAUAACCACCCAACCCCAGAAUACUCAACCCCACGGCAUAUCCCAGCCUGGAAAGGGGUCGCAACACAUCUAUAGGUCCACCAACAAAUCUCAUACGCCAGCCUCACGGAGUGACAGACCCCCCCCUUCCUGUACACACCCCAGAUGGAGACUCACAAACACACACCACCUCCUAUCUGGGAAACUAAACACACCACACACACAACAACACGUCACAUAAACCAAACGUAACAUACGUGAAACCACGGUAAACUGUUACGCGAUGUAAUAUAGUUCACCCCACCCCAGGAGUUACAUCCUGGAGCCCCCCUCCCACUAAAUACGGAGUCAAACGAAAGCAAUUAUAAACAGCAGCAGCAACCAGAACCACCGCACAAUCAGGCACACCACUAGAUCAUAGCUCAAGCAUCUUGCCAGCUACAGACAAAGUCAGCAAUAAACAGGAACUCUGUGUACCUGACCUUCUACCCAAGCCCCCCUAAUUUGUGUACCCUACCCCGGCUACUAUGUACAAGCAACAACGAAGAAACUCUAUAAAAAUAAGACCAGGAAGGCUACUGUGCCAGGCACACAUGAGGUACAAUGUUAACAGCAGGCUCAACCUUGUUUUGUUAACUGCCAAUGAUGUACAAUAUGACGGUCAUAUUAAUCCAUGUCAAUGUAUGAUACUCUGUCAUAACAAUAAUCACAAGGACGACUGGUCCUAAAACCCUGUUACCCUCCUCCCCCCACCCCUUCUUCCUUUCUGUACCCCUAUAACCCCCUUUUUAUGACUUGAAAACAAUAAAAAUCUUGAAUUUAAAAAAAAAAUGCUGAACGAUCUGCAGGUGACAGCGGCAUAAGAAUUGUGAAUAACGAGUCUCAACAUAAUUAAACCGCGCAGUUUCCAUAUAGCCCACACUAGAGCAAUACACCCUGUAUAAACCUCGCACACAGGCCAACUGUGACCACACAACACAGCGCAUUACCACACUACCACUGUCUUAGCAUCCCUAAUGUACCUAGCCUAGCACUGUUAAGCGUUGAUGUUUGUUCCUUUUUUUUUUCUUUCUUUUCUUCACUCUAUAUUAAUGAUAUUAUUAUUUAGCCAAGCUGACGAUUUAGUGCAGAUUACGCUAGUAACUUUGACUAUAACGAGCAAGCAAUGUUGACUCAUGUUUUGUUUCUACAACUAAAUACAAAAAUGAGCACUGCUCAAAUGCCAUCACUGUAAUAUCGUUGUGAUAUGUUUAGGCUUACGAACGCUAUUGUGGCAGGUUAAGCCAUCUUGUAUAUCCAUGCACUCAAAAAAAAAAAAAAACCUGUAUAUUUUCCUGCCUGUGAUAAUUAAGUUAGCCCAUUGUGUUCAGUAAUUAUAUCACAGGCAGAGGGGAGGGUUUGUGUGCCUUGGCUGGGAGUGUCUGACUGUACUGUAAUGUUUUGAUUGGCUAUUCUAACUGCAUGUCCUGUGUACCACAAGGUCCACAUGGGUGGUAACCUUGUGGAAAAACUUGCAUAAAAGAAAGCCCUUUGGUGCUCAUUAAACAGAUCAUCUUGUACCUUCAUGAAGUUUCAGCUCAUGUUUGGGGGCUUGGAGAACUACACUCUGGGGAUUGCUAUAAUCACUAUACUCCCCAGGGUAUAAUCACUAAGCUCUGCUAAGAGCUUGUUCCUGUUCCUGCUCUCUGGAAUUCGGCGAGGUCGACCUACUGGAAGCUGGACCCUGGUAUUGGGUCCAGAGUGGGUGGAGACGGCGAGACCCCAACCAAGCUGCGGCGGUUCGUGGGGUCUGCAGUGGUUAUGGUGUCAGAUGGAAUGCUUGGAGCCCUCGGAAAGCACUAGGGGCAUCCGUCAACAGAAGGUACUCGGUCGGGGGGUGCCAAGUGGUUCUGUUACAGUGACCAGUUAGGGUUGGUUUUUUUGGGUAGGUUGGGUGCAGGCCUGGACUUCUUUUAGAGACAGGAGAGCUCUGCAGAACUCCCUUCCCUUCUCCAUAAGACUUUCACCCAGUCUCCACUCAUUCAAAAAAAUCGUUGAAAACUCACUUCUUCAAGAAAGCAUAUCAAUUAAACUGUAAGCAGGUUUUUAUCCCCCACCCUCCAUGACUCCUCUCCUGCAACUGUCAAAAAUUACCUACUAAGCCCUCAAUUAAUGCUUUUCUAUAGACAUGUGCAAUUCGUUUCGGACGAAUUUCGGUCAAUUCGGACAUUUGGUUACUUCCGAAUGUCCGAAUAGAUGAAUUGCCGAAGUCCUGAAGUUCUGAAAGUACCGAAUUUCCGAAGUGUCGAAUUUCCGAAGUACAGUAUUGCCUAAGUACUAAUAUAUCUACCCAGUGGAAGAAUGAGAAUGUUACACUGUAUACAAUUUUAAAUAAAAAGUAUACAAACAUAGCCAGGAUUGAGCUGUAAGCAUUUGCAACACGUACAACAAUCAAGUAACAUACAUUCAUAUAAAAUGUAAGUUAUUUAUUCAUUCCUAUCAUUACAUUGACUGGCUAAGUAGAUAACUCCCUAAUUCACACGGUAUCAGGGAGCUAUCUAAUGAAAAGGUCUUUCAGCCAAAUUUACUAAUACUAAGUAAAGAUUACUUAGUAUUAGUAAAUUAUGCCCCUACUUGCUAUACCGUGAGUAGGGGCAUGUCUAAAAAACAAAAACAAAAAAAAAACCAUGCCGCGCGAGUGGGGGCUUGUAACCUGAAGGGGGGACCUAUUGCCCCCCCCCCCCGGCCCCCACCCCUGAAUGGCGGGUGGGGGCCCUACAGUAAAAUAAGGGGGGAGACCUAAUGGCCUCCCCCUUGAGCGGUGGGUGGGGGCCCCCUUAUUAGUAUUUAGGGCCCCCACCCACCGCUCAGCGGUGGGGGCCAGGGGGGAGGACAAUAGGUCCCCCCCAUCAUUUUACUUUAGGGCCACCACGCGCUGCUCACUGUUUACUAGACAGGCCCCUAGUCGCGGUAUAGCGAGUAGGGGUAUAAUUUACUAAUACGAAGUAAUCUUUACUUAGUAUUAGUAAAUGUGGCUGAAAGAUCAAUUUAGGUCUUUCAGCCUUUUGGUAGAUAACUCCCUAAUACCGUGGGAAUUAGAGAGUUAUCCACUAAGUGGCUGCAAGAGAAGUGCCGAAGUUGCCGAAGUUCCGAAUUUUGGAAUGCCGACUUUUCUAACAACCUACUUCAUACCCCUACUUUUACCCUUUGUGACACUAUACCCCACUCCUUCUAGCAUGUAAGCUCAUUGAGCAGGGCCCUCCACCCCUCUGUUCCUGUACGUCCAGUUGUCUGGGUGGACUAACAGACAUGUAAUUGUAACCAUUGUACAGUGUUACGGAAUCUGAUGGCGCUAUAUAAAUAAUAAAAUAAUAUAUUGGUUGGGUAUAAGGUUUAUAGUUUGCGGUAUAUUGGGGUUGGUACAAGGUUUGUAGUUUGAGGUAUAUUGCUGUGAGUAUAGGGUGUGUAGUUUGGGGUAUAUUGGGGUGGAUGGACAUUUACAGGAUAUGGUAGAGUUCUGAAUCCCUCUCGGUGGUCUGAUUUUAAGUCUUUGUCCUUAGGUGAUAUUUGAGCUGAUGCAGGGGGAGAACAUGCUGAUUGAAGAUCUCAAUUUGGUGAAGAAGGUAAAGUAGCCAUUGCUGUCCCUUCUCUACCCUUCCUGCAGAGCAUCAUCCACCCCUCUUCUCCUGCAAACCCUGCAGAGCAUAAUUCACCUUCUGCAGAGCAUCAUUAUGUAAUUGAAUCUCUUCCUGCAGAGUGUUGCUGUGCCUCGGCAGAGUAUUCAUAUCUUGCAUAGCUGGAUGUCCAUACCGCAGAGCAUCGCUAGUAUUUAUUCCCGCAGAGCAUCGCUGUGUUUGUUCCCGCAGAGCAUUGCUUUCCCACAGCCUCUUACAUCCUUCUCUCUUUCUCCCCAGAAUUACUAUGAGCCAAUGUUAAAGCUGGAAAUUCUGUCCCUGGACGAGUUAAAUCAGAUCUUUGGCAUCAUUGACACAUUGCCUCCACUGCAUCAGGGUGAGAAUUUUCAAUCAGUCAAUCAGCAUAGACCUGGACAACUGACUGACAAGGUGAGCAGGAGAACCCUCCUACAGGCAGUGCUCCUGCUCUCCGGCACAGCAACCUCAGAGCAUGCCAUCUUUACCAAGCGUUCCUUGAUGUGGCCAUGUUCAGAAGCUGCCAUGGUGGCAAUCAGUGGAGGCUGGGCAUUGGAAAAUUGAUAGUUUCCAUUGUGCCAUGGAUUGAUGAUUGGAGAUGUGGUUAGUUUUGAACAGGGCACAGUAUCUCAUGGGGUUAAGUGGAUAGACCCAACUAAUCAGGGGUGGGGGCAGCGCACCAACAUCUUCAAACUUCAUCAGCCACCACUGGAGGAAGCCAGUAUGUCAAUGCGUGAAAGAGGAGCGCCCUGUGUGGGGAGGGUUCCUCAUGGCGGGCAAACCAAACUGGAGUCCAGGUAGAGUAGAGGUGGGUGUUGCAGUAGUGCAUCUGCAUCAUGGUGGAGCUGAACCAGAGGUGAGUUAACAUCUCAGUAUUUCAGAUGAUCUAUUCCUAGUCUUUGGGGGAGUUAUGUCACCACACAUCGGCUUUAGAUAUUUUCCCGUCUCCCAGUGGUAGUGAACAUGCUCUAAUCUUUCAUUCCUUUAUUUAAAUAGUUUUCUGGUUUUAUCCUGGUGUGCCCUCAGUCAGCACCAUUUCACUUGUUGUGUCUAACAUCGGGUUUCAUCCCUCUACAUCCAGGGAUUAGAAAUGGUGGCCCAUUGUAUUUCUUCGCACUACUAUUUAUUUUCCCAGCUGGUUUAUUUAACCGGAUGAUCGAGGACGAUGCUGUGCUGUGUUUUGUACAGGUGGAUUGCUACCCUUGUAGUGACAUAGUUUGCUUUACCAUGUAUCCGCACGCAGAUUUGCUGGAGCGCUUGGCAAGAUUACGGCAUGAUGACGGCAGAGUGCAGCAGAUUGGACCUACCUUGAUGGAAUGGGUAAGUUUGACCUGGGAUCUUUACAGCGGGAAACCGUUGGUGAGACAAGUAUACUUGUAAUUGUGAUUAUUCUGUUUCCAGCUGCCCUGCCUCAACUCCUAUAGCACCUACUGCUGUAACCAAGUGGCGGCCAAAGCCCUACUGGACCACAAGAGGAAUAGUGCCCCUGUGCAGAACUUUCUGCGUCUGUGCCAGGAAUCUGCCUUCAGCCGCAAGCUGGAUGUCUGGAGCUUCUUGGACCUGCCCCGGAGCCGGCUGGUGAAAUACCCACUUCUGCUGAAGGAAUUACUAAAACACACAGCGCUGGAUCAUCCAGAUCACACUCCGCUCAGCCAGUCUGUGAGUUCAUUACUGUGUUAGGCUUGGGUAGGCAAUGCAGCCCAUUACUGUGCCAGGCAACACAACCCAUUACUGUGCAAGGCUUCGGUAGGCAAUGCAGCCCAUAACUGUGCCAGGCAACACAACCCAUUACUGUGCAAGGCUUCGGUAGGUAACAGGACCCAUUAAUGUGCCAGGGUUGGGUAGAUAACAGGACCCAUUACUGUGCCAGGCUUGGGUAGGUAACACAUUCCAUUUACAUAAUGUAGAAAAAGUCAAGAUUAUUAUUGGACCUGCAGCCAUUACACUCAUUGGCAGGAAAGCAAAUUAGUGAGAAAUAUUAGCAUAAUGCCAUCAUAAUCAUCCAUAACCCCUGACCUGUGCUGCUAGGUGUGUAUGAUCCAGGAGAUUGUCAGCUGGAUUAACCGCAAGACGGGAGAAGCAGAGUGUGAAUACUAUCGAAGGCGGCUGUCCUAUCUGUAUGAAAAUCAGGAUGAGGGAGAUGUGGCUCGCUCAUGCCUGUUGCACUGCCAUGGAGAGCUUAAGAACAACAAAGGGCAGGUGGGUGACUUGUUUCCUACCAUAGCAUCCUUUUCUCUGUGUACUGGCUGAGCUUUCUGUGCCACAAAUAUCUCAAUUCCUGCAGGUAUUCACUUCCCAAGAAGAUACAUAGAAUGUGACGGCAGAUAAGAACCAUUCUCUAAUUUAAGACUAUGUCCUCUUGUUGUGGUAGUUUUUCUUCUUUUAAAUAUAGUCUCCUCCCUUACUGUGUUGAUUCCCUUUAUGUAUUUAAAUGUUUCUAUCAUAUCCCCCCUGUCUCGUAUUUCCUCCAAGCUAUACAUGUUAAGAUCCUUUAACCUUUCCUGGUAAGUUUUAUCCCGCAAUCCAUGAACCAGUUUAGUAGCUCUUCUCUGAACCAGUGGCGUACAUACCAGGGUCGCGGCCAUGACCCGAACCCAGCCCACCAGGGGACCCGGCCGCCCUGCGACCCGGUAUGUACCCAGUGUGGCCAGCCACUUCUCCUGAAGGGCCCAGGAGCUGGCCCCCUCCCCCAAGUGCUCCCUCUUCAGCUCCCUCGCGCACCGCACUGAUACUGGAGCCUGUCGAUGACGUCAUUUUCUGGCUCUGGCAUCAGUACGCAGGGCGUGAGGGAGCUGAACAGGAAGCACUCAGGGUACAGUGCUCCCUCGCGCGCCCGCCAGCUUGUCAGACAGCCAGCCCGCAGGACCGGCCACCCAGGAGCACCACUGGGCCCCAGGGAAUCCCCUCAGCUCUCCCAAAGGUAGGGAGGCUGGGGGAUAAAAUUAAAAAAAAAAAAACGUGUAUGAGUGUGAGUGUUAGUGCGUGUGUUACUGAGUAUGUUAGUUUGUGUGCAUCUGUUAGUGAGUGUGUUUUGUGAGUGAGUGUGUGUCUGUCUGUCAGUGAGUGUGUGUCUGUCAGUAAAUGUGUGUGUCUGUUAGCUAGUAUGUAUGCGUCUGUUCGUGAGAGUGUGUGUGUCUUAAGCACUUACCUUUCUCCAGGCCCGGAUUCCCUUGGCACUGGGGAUCUCUCCGCCCCGAUCCACCUCUCAGCUCCGAAUGCGCAUGCGUGGCAAGAGCCAGGCGCGCAUUCAAACCACCCAUAGGAAAGCAUUACUCAAUGCUUUCCUAUGGACGUUCAGCGCCUUCUCACUGUGAGAAUAAGACAGCCACUAGAGGCUGGAUUAAUCCUCAGUGAAACAUCACAGUUUCCCUGAAACUGCUAUGUUUUCAGCUGCAGGGUUUAAACUUGAGGCACCUGGCACCCAGACCACUUCAUUGAGCUGAUGUGAUCUGGGUGUCUGUAGUGGUCCUUUAAAGGACCACUAUAGUGCCAGGAAAACAUACUCGUUUUCCUGGCACUAUAGUGCCCUGAGGGUGCCCCCACCCUCAGGGACCCCCUCCCGCCCGGCUCUGGAAGGGGGAAAGGGGUUUAAACUUACCUUUUUCCAGCGCUGGGCGGAGAGCUCUCCUUCUCUCCUCCUCCGUUCCGCCCCGUCGGCUGAAUGCGCACGCGCGGCAAGAGCUGCGCGCGCAUUCAGCCGGUCACAUAGGAAAGCAUUCAUAAUGCUUUCCUAUGGACGCUGGCGUGCUCUCACUGUGAAAAUCACAGUGAGAAGCACGCAAGCGCCUCUAGUGGCCGUCAAUGAGACAGCCACUAGAGGAUUAGGGGGAAGGCUUAACCCAUUCAUAAACAUAGCAGUUUCUCUGAAACUGCUAUGUUUAUGAAAAAAUGGGUUAACCCUAGAAGGACCUGGCACCCAGACCACUUCAUUAAGCUGAAGUUGUCUGGGUGCCUAGAGUGGUCCUUUAAGUGUAUGUGUAUCUGUAUGCACCGGCGUACAUAUCGCGGUCACAGCCCUGCGACCAGGUGCCCGCUGCCAUGUGUUGCGGCCCCAGCCCCAGCCCGCGAAGAGUAAAAUGGACCAGUUUUCGCACCGGGGCCCCAUGGGUUGUGUGUACGUCACUGCUCUGAACUCUCUCUAAAGUAUCAAUAUCCUUCUGGAGAUAUGGUCUCCAGUACUGCGUACAAUACUCCAAGUGAGGUCUCACCAGUGUUCUGUACAAUGGCAUUAGCACUUCUCUCUUUCUACUGCUAAUAACUCUCCCUAUAAAACCAAGCAUUCUGCUAGCAUUUCCUGCUGCUCUAUUACAUUGUCUGCCUACCUUUAAGUCAUCAGAAAUAAUCACCCCUAAAUCCCUUUCCUCAGAUGUUGAGGUUAGGACUGUAUCAAAUAUUCUGUACUCUGCCCUUGGGUUUUUAUGUCCAAGAUGCAUUAUCUUGCAGUUAUCCACAUUAAAUGUCAGUUGCCACAACUCUGACCAUUUUUCUAGUUUACCAUAUCAUUUGCCAUUUGGCUUAUCCCUCCUGGAACAUCAACCCUGUUACAUAUUUUAGUAUCAUCAGCAAAAAGACAUACCUUACCAUCAAGACUUUCUGCAAUAUCACUAAUAAAAAUAUUAAAGAGAAUGGGUCCAAGUACAGAUCCCUGAGGUACCCCGCUGGUGACAAGCCCAUGCUUCGAAUAUAUUCCAUUAACUACAACCCUCUGUUGCCUGUCACUCAGCCACUGCCUUACCCAUUCAACAAUAUUGGAAUCCAAACUUAAAGAUUGCAGUUUUUUGAUAAGCCUUCUAUGUGCAACACUGUCAAAAGCCUUACUGAAAUCUAGGUAAGCAAUGUCUACUGGACCACCCUGAUUUAUAAUUUUAGUUACCCAAUCAAAAAAAUCGAUAAGAUUAGUUUGGCAUGAUCUCCCUGAAGUAAACCCAUGUUGUCUCUGAUCUUGAAAUCCAUGUGUUUUUAGAUGUUCAUCAAUCCUAACCUUUAACAUGGUUUCCAUCACUUUCCCUACUACUGAAGUAAGGCUUACUGGCCUAUAGUUGCCCGACUCCUCCCUACUACCUUUCUUGUGAAUGGGCACAACAUUCGCUAACUUCCAAUCUUCUGGGACUAUUCCUGUUAACAAUGAUUGGUUAAAUAAAUCUGUUAUUGGUUUUGCUAGUACACCACUAAGCUCUUUUAAUAACUUUGGGUGUAUUCCAUCAGGCCCCAUUGACUUAUUUGUCUUUACUUUUGACAGUUGAGCUGAGUGCUUCAUCUUAGAGCUGUUAAUGGAACACUAUAGGGUCAGGAACACAAACCUGUAUUAAAUCGAACACAAACAUGUAUUCCUGACCCUAUAGUGUUAAAACCACCAUCUAGCCACCCUGCAAAAUUAUACUAAAUAUAGCAAAAUCUUACCUUUAUUCCAGUCUGCUGCUGAACAAAUACAAUAAGCUGUAUACUGUACAAUAAGCUGUAGUUGUUCUGGUGACUAUAGUGUCCCUUUAAUGGGCUGUUUGUUGUAGAUAUAUGGAGGAUACCACACUCACCAGGCAACCAAGUUGCACCAGAUCCGAGGAUGGGCAAACCUCACUUCUAGAUAUGUAAAAUAAAAUAGUGGUCCAGGCACUCCAAGGUAAUAGCCAAAAACAGCAGCUUUAUUGGAGCAAAAACAGUAAUGUUUCGACCCGGUCGGGUCUUUAUAAGCUUGAUAAAGACCCGACCGGAUCGAAAUGUUACUGUUUUUGCUCCAAUAAUGUUGCUAUUUUGGCUGUUAGCAGUCCAGGCAGUCAAUGUAUUUUAUUUUACAUAUAAUGGGCUGUCUGUUGGUUGAGGAGCAGUUAGUGGGCUGUUUGUUGGUUGAGGGGCUGUUAAUGUGAUGUCUAUUGGUUGAGGAGCUGUUGUGGGUCUGGUGCCUGUUAAUUGUUUUUUGGGUUUUUGGGGAGCUGCUUAUGGGUUAUUUGUGAAAAGGAACAAUGGUCAAUGGUAUGUUCUUUCUUUUUUUUUUCUCUCCAGAAGCUACAUGUGUUUCUGUUCGAGGCUGUCCUGGUCCUCACACGCCCUGUGUCUCAUAAUGAUCAGUUGCAGUACCAAGUAUACCGGCAGCCAAUUCCUCUGCUGGAACUGGUUCUGGAGGAUCUACCAGAUGGAGAGGUGCGAGUAGGUGGGUCCAUACGAGGGGCUUUCACCACAGCUAAUGAGAAAGGUAUCUAACCUGCUUAUGGUCCACAAAAAACUUCAAUGUUUAAGUCCAAUGAUUUAAUGAAUUCUACCCAUCUAUUUAAUAUCUAUAAGUUAUCUGUAUAUUCUAUUGAUCCAUCCUGUUAUAAACAUGAAAUAGUAUAGAACAUAUUAUCCUACGUUGUUGUUAUGAUUAUAUCUGCAGCAUCUCUCUUGCUAUGGCUACUUAUGAUAACCACUAUCAGUAUCGUCUAUUAGUGACUACCUAAUCCCGGAGAUCAUAUACAGUUAGUUAAGUGUCAUUCUGUCGAGGUUUGGGCAUUGAAAUGAAGUAAGAAUGGUAUUUGUUUUAUACAUGGAGGAAUCGCGCAGGAGAUACGUGUUUGUUUGUUUGUUUUUAUCAAGCAGUAACAUUAGUAUUUGUUAGUUAUUCGUACACAGCAGUCGGUGAGCAAUAUGAAGUUACCAAUUCAGCGCAAGGACAGAAUCUCUAUCUAAAUCAACACAUUUUACUCUUUUGCAGCCAAAAAUUUUUUCCGUGUGAGUUUCCGGGACCGGUCGAGGGGACAGGCUCACACCUUGCAAGCCAAUGACUCCUUUAACAAGCAGCAAUGGAUUAGCAGCAUCCGGCAAGCCAUGAUAUCCUGCCGAGAGCAUGGCGCCAGUGAGGGACCCUCCCGUGAAACACCUUGUACCGUGAUAGACAUCUCUGACCUGAGUCUGAGCUGCCAAGAAGACUGCCAGGGCUAGAUGUAAUGACUGCUCCUUGCGGCUAAGCUUUCGACAUGGAAUUUUCAAGAUAUUUCUAUGGUGUAUGGUACAAUAUAAUGGAUAAGCGCCAUAUUGCCAGCUUGAUUAAUGGUAUAGUCUCCAGGAUGCAGCUGCCGACACAUGUAAAUAAAAUGAAGCACAGAAAGCACCCAACCUCAGCCAACAAGACAGCUUGUCAUCAUCACCGCCAUACAAAAAACGUGGAGCAUUCACACCACGCAGCCACUGGAUAGCGGGGGGCUGACAUCACAUUUCCCACUACCAGCCAAUACAGAGACAGUUAUGAAUAAAAGGUUACAUGUGGCCAAUAGAUCAGACACGGUCAAUCAAACACAAUAUCAAUAACCACUUUUAUUUCUGAUCAUAUUCCCUGAGGACGCAAUAUGUCCAUCUACUAGAACUCUAUUCUAUGUACCCACUGCUAGCUCGACCACCUCUACUGCAAAUGUAUUCUCUGUACUGACUGCUGGCAAAUAAUAAGCCAAUCGGCCAUGAAUAAAAUCCAAGACAUUGUGUGUCUA